UCUUCACAGGUCAAGUCACUCAGUGAGAAGGCAGGAGACGCCUGCACCUUCAGGCAAAGAGGCUUCUCCAAAUCAAUUGGGGAGGGGGAAAAAAGGAGCUAGAAAAUGAGUUCUGAAUAUCAAGACAUACUCAACACAUUCAGCACCCCUGGAUAUGACUACAAUUACAGUGACAAUUACAACAAUGCUCCAGAGCCUUGCAGUAAAGAAGGUGUUCGGCACUUUGGCUCAGUGUUCCUGCCCAUUCUGUGUACUUUGGUGUUCCUGUCUGGCUUGGUGGGGAACUCUCUGGUUAUCGUGGUCCUGUUCAAAUACAAGAGACUGAAGAGUAUGAGUGAUGUUUACCUGCUCAACCUUGCAAUCUCAGACUUGCUCUUUGUGUUCUCCCUUCCCUUCUGGUCCUAUUAUGCAGUGGACCAAUGGAUUUUUGGGGGCACUUGGUGUAAAAUUAUUUCUUGGAUCUAUCUUGUUGGCUUUUACAGUGGCGUAUCUUUUAUUAUGCUCAUGAGCAUAGACAGAUACCUGGCCAUAGUUCAUGCUAUUUUUGCCUUGAGAGCAAGGACUGUUACCUAUGGCUUUCUUACCAGUGUUAUUGUAUGGGUAGUAGCCAUUUUAGCCUCAAUUCCAGAACUGAUAUUUAAUGACUCUGUAAAUGAACAUAACUAUACUGCCUGCAAACCAAAGUACCUUGCCAACUCUGCAACCUGGAAACUUUUCUCCUCUUUGGAAAUCAACCUACUAGGGCUCUUGGUCCCCUUAAUAGUUAUGGGUUUUUGUUACUCAAUGAUAAUUGGGACUUUACAGCGUUGUAGAAAUGAGAAAAAGAAUAAGGCCGUGAAGAUGAUCUUUACUGUUAUGGUUGUGUUUUUUAUCUUUUGGACCCCUUUCAACAUUGUGCUUCUCUUACAGUCACUGUUAGACAUAGGUGUUAUUACAAGGUGUCAAAUCAGCACAAAUGUGGAUUAUGCAAGGCAAGCAACUGAAACCUUAAGCUUUUUCCAUUGCUGUGUCAAUCCAGUUAUAUAUUUCUUUAUGGGUGAAAAAUUCAAGAAGUACAUUCACCUGCUUUUUAAGAGCUGGUUCUUACCUGGAAAGCUUUGUAAACGCUGUGGAUUUCAUAUCGCUUACCACACUGAGUCUUCCAGUUCGUUCCACACACAAUCUACUGGCGAUCAAGAUGCUCUGUAAGAUAUGUCAGACCCACUACCACACUUAUGGCAGGCCAGCUCCCACAGGUACAAGAAAACAAAAAACUGACAAACAUUAGACCAUUAAGAUGCCUCUCACUUAAGCUGAGCAGAUGCACAUUUAAAAAUAAGCAAGUGCCUUACAGCUUUGACUUCUGCCUCUAUAUUUUAUGAAUGUAAUGAAAGAAAGAGUGAAUGUUUAUGAAGCAAAACCUAUCAGGAGACUUUGGAAAUGUAAACUUCAUUUCAUACUAUACUAAAUAAAUGCCAGCUACCAGCAACAGCUGUCUCUACAUGCUACAUUAUGCUUUCCCUCUACCUCCACCCCCCAUCAGCACCGUGACAAGGCUCUGCUUGGAAGAGCAGGGGAUCCUUUAGCCAUCACCAAAUAUUUUAGAAAUUUUCUGAGCAUAUCUGAGAAUAAAGAUAAUCCAUUACCAUAUUUGAGGUGCCAAGCCUAAUCUAGUCAUUUUACUUUCACAGUAUUUACUAGACCAGAUUCUUCAGGGCAUAAUUAAGAAGCAUACCUUGCCAUUGAGUAUUUCAUUGACAGUAAAUACAUUCUUUGGCACUAAUAAAACUGACAUGAUGCAUAUUCAAGAGGGCAACAUUCACCAAGAUCUACAUCACACAUUAUGUUUUACUAUAUAUGUAUAUACAAAGAUGUAUGAAUUGCCUUUUUAAAAGAAUCCACUAUUGUGCUAUGUAGAGCAGCAGUUUUAUAUUAUUACUAUCAUGGAUGCUAGUAGAAAUAUUUUUAAAUAAAAAUUAUUUGAAAAAAUCCUACUGUGGAUCCUGUAU